AUGAAAGCGCUUGUUAGUGCUUGCAUAGAGUUCACAGAAAAAUGCUACAAAGAUCAGAGAAGCUGGAACGAUGAGAUGCAAUCUAGCGCGGAAGACCACCGGUCUCGGCAGGCUGCCAUUGAAAAGAAGCUCGCAAUAGUCGAGGCCGCCCUAGCAAAUUUAAUGAGCAGAAUGGUAGUUAUGGAAGGAAAUACAGACGAGACCGGAGAGCACUCGGGCAAAGCUAAUCCAAAGAAAAAUCGCAAGUAA